AGGUUCAUGCAUACAGCAAAGAGGACGAUCCUCCCCUUCCUCCCUCCUCCUCCUCCUCCUCCUCCUCCCACCUCUUGUGGGACAUCCCAGGGUAUAAAAAGAACAAACCCUCCUCGCAGCAGAUACAACUGACCAAGAAGGAGAAGCAGUCCUCAAAAAACGCUCCUGAAAACAGCCGAUGAGGCCAAGCUGAAGACUCCCUGCUCCAACAAAACCACUGAAGUUCUCGUGGCCACACUCUCCUCGACUCCCUCUCGUCUCUCUCCGGACUCCCUCUCUCCGAAAUCUCCGCCACUCCUCCGGCGCCAUGCCUCCCCAGCUCCCGUCCCAGAACCAGAAAGGCCCCCGGGUCCUGCAGGGCGACCUCGGCGCCCUCAGCCCGGCCGUCAAGGAGUUUGUGGACGCCAACGUGAGCCUCUGCCAGCCCGACUUCCUCCACAUCUGCGACGGCUCCGACGAGGAGAACAAGGCCGUCCUGACCCAGCUGGAGGAGCAAGGGGUGAUCAAGAAGCUCAACAAAUACGAGAACUGCUGGUUGGCCCGGACCGACCCGAUGGACGUGGCCCGCGUGGAGAGCAAGACCGUGAUCGUGACCCGGGACCAGAGGGACACGGUGCCCACGCCGCUGGAGGGUGGAGUCAGCCAGCUGGGCCGCUGGAUGUCGCCGGAAGAGUUCGACAAAUCGAUGGCUCAGCGGUUCCCCGGCUGCAUGAAAGGUCGCACCAUGUAUGUGAUUCCCUUCAGCAUGGGCCCGGUCGGUUCCCCCCUCUCUAAGAUCGGAGUGGAGCUGACGGACUCUCCCUACGUGGUGGCCAGUAUGAGGGUGAUGACCCGGAUGGGGAAGGCCGUGCUGUCCGCUCUGGGCACGGGCGAGUUCGUCCGCUGUCUGCACUCCGUCGGCUGUCCCCUGCCGCUUAAAAAGCCGUUGGUGAACAACUGGCCGUGUAACCCCGAGCAGACGUUAAUCGCCCACAUCCCGGAUCGCAGGCAGAUCGUCUCGUUCGGUAGCGGCUACGGAGGAAACUCCCUGCUGGGCAAGAAGUGCUUCGCUCUGCGCAUCGCUUCGCGUAUCGCCAAGGAGGAGGGCUGGCUGGCGGAGCACAUGCUGAUCCUGGGCGUCACCAACCCCGCCGGGGAGAAGAAGUACAUGGCGGCGGCGUUCCCCAGCGCCUGCGGGAAGACCAACCUGGCCAUGCUCAGCCCCACGCUGCCCGGCUGGAAGGUCGAGUGUGUGGGAGACGACAUCGCCUGGAUGAAGUUUGACGACCAAGGCAACCUGCGAGCAAUCAACCCCGAGAAUGGCUUUUUCGGAGUCGCGCCCGGCACCUCCGCCAAAACCAACCCCAACGCCAUGGAGACCAUUGUCAAGAACACCGUCUUCACCAAUGUUGCAGAGACCAGCGACGGCGGCGUGUACUGGGAGGGCAUGGACCAGUCCCUGCCCGAGGGGGUCACCAUCACGUCCUGGAAGAACCAGCCCUGGAGCGCAGAGGAUGGUGAACCCUGCGCUCACCCUAACUCUCGUUUCUGCACUCCGGCUGGGCAGUGUCCCAUCAUCGACCCGCUUUGGGAAUCCCCAGAGGGAGUCCCCAUCGAGGCCAUCAUCUUCGGAGGGCGCCGGCCAGAAGGCGUACCGUUGGUAUACGAGGCGUUCAACUGGCAGCACGGAGUGUUUGUCGGAGCGGCCAUGAGGUCAGAGGCCACCGCUGCUGCCGAAUACAAAGGCAAGAUGAUCAUGCACGACCCCUUCGCCAUGCGCCCCUUCUUCGGCUACAACUUCGGCCAGUACCUCUCCCACUGGCUGAGCAUGGCCGACCGCCCCGGCGCCAAGCUCCCCAAGAUCUUUCACGUCAACUGGUUUCGCAAGAGCCCCGCCGCCGGAUUCCUCUGGCCCGGCUUCGGCGACAACAUCCGCGUGCUGGACUGGAUGUUCCGGCGGGUGAGCGGCGAGGCCAUCGCCGUGCCCUCCGCCGUGGGCUACCUGCCCUGCCACGAAUCCCUGAACCUCCAGGGCCUGAAGGAGGACGUGGACCUCAACGAGCUGUUCUCCCUGGAUCGGGAGUUCUGGCAGAAGGAGGUGGAGGAGGUGAGGAAGUACUUCACCACGCAGGUGAAUGACGAUCUGCCCAAAGAGGUGGCCCAGGAGCUGGACUUCCUGCAGCAGAGAGUGAAGCGCAUGUAAAAUGGAAGGAGCUUAUUGCUAAAUCUAGAACAUCUUGUCUGUUUUGGUGAUUCCAAAACACAAUCUUUUAAAAAAAAUUCUACUUUUUUAAUUGGCUGGAAAUCCCCCCAUUCUUGUCAGAUUAUUAAUCUGAAAAUGUUUCCGUGAGAAAUUGUGCUCGGGAUGUUUCCGAGGAAUUGUGUGAACGUGUAGAAUUCGUUAAAGAGUUAACAAACAUUCGUCGCUUGUAGUAAAAAUGAAAGAGGAAAUGUUUAUCCUGUGAUAACACUGAUACGACAUGCUGUCGUAUCAGUGUUAGGUUUUCAACUGCUCCAAUGUAUUAUCCUACUGAACGUCUGAAUUCUACUAUUUAAUAGUAACUUAUUAUGAACACAUCACACUGUCACUGCUGUAGCUCCAGUGUUGUUUGAGCCCCCUGAACACGGGGGAAAUGUUUCUGUUCCUGUCUUUAUUUAGUUGUCUUAAUUUAUUUUUAUACGCUGUCUGUAUCUCUUGGUUCUUGUUUUGAUGAGAGAGAACAAUAAAAGGUAUUUUCAUGGA